AUGUCUUCCGAAUCGGAGUGUGACGACGCCACUUCAGUACAAAGCUCAUCAAGCGAUUUUCAACAAGAAGUUGAGGGUGCAACUGCAGCUACAGCCAACUUGAAUUUAAACGGUAACGAAAGCUAUGGGCCAUAUGCUGAUGAACCUCGCGCGAAUCAGGAUUGGAUCAGAAAUUAUCGUAGGAGAAGAAGGGAGGAAAGUGAGCGGACAGAAAUGCUAGCUUUGCGACUAAAUGGCACAACCCCAAUAGAGCAAUGGUGCAAGUGUGGUAAUUGCAAUUUGACUAAACUUGCAAAACCAAAAGAGUGUUGCUGUUGCAGUGAUCUUGAGGCUGUCAAUGUUUGUCUUUCAGACAAAAGAAUUCUGGCAGAUCUCAAUGAUGUACCCAAAUGUGUAACUGAGCACCCAGCAUUUGAGCCAGUAAUUCUUGGAAAAUGGUCACUGAGGCAGGCAGCAGAUCGAUACAGGACAAGAGAAAAAAGCCAUUAUAAAAACACUGGUGAUGAAAAUAAAUUCCUUCGCGCUAUCUCUUAUAGAGAAUUUACAAGGCUGGUGCAUGGCAGAAUAGGAAACAAAAGAAUCCCUCUCCCAGCCUGUGCUUACAACAAAAUCAGGCAGAAAUUUCCUUCUGAAGAGAUGACUGGCUAUGAGUCCGAUAGUGACUGA